AUGGUAUAUAAUUAUUUAUAAUUAUUUAGACAUUAUCCAAUUCUGCUAAGGUUUCAUGUAUUGAGUUUAGUUAAUAAAAUAAUUUGAUAUUGGAAGGAACUUAAUAAGGGAAAAUUCUAAUUCUUAAUUUAGAACAAUAAAUCUGUAAUAUUAUUCAUUAAUUUGUUUAGAAUAGGAAACUAAAUCAUCCCACAAGGAUAUCAUUACAAAUUUAACUAAUUAUGAUAUUAAUACUUAUUUAAGUGGAUCUUAAGAUUCAGUAAUCAUGAUUCACGACUUAAGAUAAAAUGAGCCCAUAGCUUAAAUUAAAUAACAUAAACAAUAAAUAAAUGAUAUUGUUACAGAUUUAGAUACAUUUCGAUUUAUUUGUGGGUCUCAAGAUGCAACUAUAAGUGUUUGGGAUUUCAGAAAUUAUUCUUAAUAUUAAGCUUUACUUGACCAUUAAGAUUCAGUAAAUAAUUUAUUGAUGAUCAAAAACACAAAUACAUUAUUUACAAGUGGAGACAAAUUUAUGAUUUAAUCAUGGGAUAUUAAUAAAUAAACUUAAGUAUUUCCUUUAUUUAUAGAAGAAUAGAAUUUCAUUAACUUAAUAACCAAUUUAAAAAAUGGCAUUUGAUUAUUAAUAAGAUAUCUUAAUUUGUGCAUAAUAAGAUAAUUUGGAUAUUUUUAAUACUGAAUUAUUAUAAUUGAAUACAAUUGAGAUGGAUUGGUAAAGAAUAAAAGAUAUUAAAAUUGAAGAUGAUAUUGUGAAAAUAUUGGAAGAUAGAGAUGUUAUAUUAAAAUUACAUAAAUUUUAACUUGAAUUAAAUGGAUAAUAAGUAGAAGAUAAUUAAAAAGAUAUUAAAGAUAUUUAAAUUCCCUUUUCAUAAUUAAUGUAAUUUGAUUAAUGCUUUUAUCCAUCCUAAUCAAAAGAAAACUUUGACUAAAGUUAUGAAGAAGAGGAUUAAAUUUCUGAUGAUAUAAUUACAACUUAAAAACUUUCACUUAAGUUUUCUUAACUUAUUUAUACAAAAUCAAAUUAAGAUAAAUAUAUAUAAUUAGAAAUUAUAUAAGAAAUUUCUAAUGAUCAUAGCAAAAUCAAAAUGAUUUUAAACGAUAGAAUAUAAAAAUUAAAACCAAUUAUAAAAUUAUACUCUUAAAAUGAUAUGAAGUAAUGCAUUUAAUAAAUAAAUCGGUAAGACAAUUAUAAAUAUAUUCAUAUAGUUGUAAUGAUAAUUCUGCACUUAUAGAUUUAUUUGCAUUGUUGAAAUUAGAUCCAGCAUAGAGAAAAAUAUAAGCAGAAGAUAUUAUCUUAUUGUUAGAAAAUGUUAUAAUAAUAUUAAAUUCUAAAUAUUCAUAUUAAGUUAUUAAAGGAUUAGAAUUUAUUAAGUUUUGUUUUUAUUAAAUUAAGGAUGUAAUAUUUUCAUAUUAUUUAAAUAGAAUAUUUUAUCAUAUAAAACUGCAAAAAAAUAACCAUAAAAUAAGGUUUAGGACAAAAAUUAGAUUAGACAAAAGUCUUAUGAUACAUUAAUUCUACAAUUUGAUAAAAUUAUGAAAUUGCCUAAAUUAAAUAAAUUAUUAUAAGUAAAAGAUACUAAUUUAGUUAAUUUGACAUCAUAAAUUAAAAAUGAAAUAUCAUAAUUUUUGAAUAAAUUAGAAUGA